GGCCCGCGCGUGACUCGGGUGGGAGCGACGUGGACUGGAACGGGACCUCGGGCCUCAUUUGCAUAACAAUUAAUAUUAAACAGCCAACCCGCCCACGCCAUUGGCCGUCCAGUCCCUCAUUAGAAUAUUCCGCUGUUAAACAAAAAAGCCCCCGCGCACAUUUUUCGCCAACCCCUUAUUUAAAUAUGCAAGGAGCUCCCGCAACCGCUGUCUUUCAUUUGCAUACGAUCACUAUGCAAAUAAUGUGCCGGAACAAAUCACGGCUCAUCGGGAUUCUGCGCCUUAUUUGAAUAUCGGCUCGUGUCAAUAGCUUUUUGGCUCCUCAUUUGCAUAUGCAAUCAGCGCCCCCCCUCAUUUUCCCCUGUCACUGCCAAAUCCAGGCCGCGGCCAAUAAGCAGUUCCGCGGGUGCAUAUUAAUUAGACCAACGAGGCGCUGCUCUCAGCGAUUGGUCCGGCACCCGCUCCCAGUUCCCCACGCGGGAAUGCAGGGCCGCGCUGUAUUUGCCUGUCAGUGAGGUGUCAUUUGCAUAGAUUUGCAUACAGCAGCAGUGACAGUGGCCUGUUCCCCCCCCGUGGCCACACAUACACGAUCCACGCGGGACUGGGGUCAUGCGGCGCAGGCGGGCGAGGCGGGACGCGGCGGUCCUGAGCCGGCACCAGCUCGUCCGCCGCCGUGUGUGGCAAUAGCCCGCCUGGGGCAAGUCACGUCACCGGGUGGGACCCAGGCGUCCGGGCUCCCAACCCCCCCCCGCCCCGCCCCGCAGCCGUGGCCUUUGCUCCCGGGGGAUUAUCUCCGCUCAACCCCGCACACGUGGCCGGACAAGGGUCGCCGGGUCUCGGUGACAGCGAUGCAGGGCUGGGAGGACCCUGGGUCCUCUGGGCGGCUGGGAGCACGUGGGGGUCUGGGAGCCCGGACUCCUGGGUUCUGCCCCGAGCUGGGAGAAAGGGGUAGAGGGCGGGGUGGGGCUGAGGCCGAGGGCUUCUGGGUCCUUUCCCCAAGCCGAGGAGGGGGCUGAGGUCCGGGGGAGGGAGGGGGCAGCACCGGGCUGGGCGCCAGUUGGGCCCUGGUCCCAGGAGGUCCCCGCCCCCCACCCGGGCAAGGCUGGCAUCUCCGCGGCGCUGCCGCUGCCCUGGGGACACCGCGGCUCCGGCUGCCCGGGAGAGCGAGAGCCAGGGACCGUCGGGGGUGGGGGCGGCUACGGGUCCGGAGUGAGGGGCAUCAACAGCUCUAAAGAGGGUGCUGCAGGUUGGGAGUGAGGGGUCCCGCGGGGCUGCGAGUCAGGAGUGAGGGGCCCCGCCGGUCGGCGCUGACGCGGGCCCCCACAGGCCCCCCGCCAUGGAGGACUCCACUCGUUUCGGCUACUGCGUGGUGGCCGCCAGCUUCGUGGGCUUCCAGUUCUGCUUCUCGGCCGUGAGCCCCCGGCUGUCGCUGGCGCUCUGCCCCCCGUACUGCGCGCUGCCCCCCGCCCGCCGCAUCGAGUGGGACUCCAGGUGCGUGUCCACUCUCCACGCGCUGCUGGUCGGGAGCUUCUGCCUCUACAUCCUCUGGUACGACGCGGCCGUGAACGCGGAUCCUAUAUGGGGCGACCCCCGCCUAGUGAAGCUGAACGUGGCCAUCAUCAGCGGCUACUUGCUCUAUGACCUGCUGCUUCUCGGCCGCUACUGGAAGACGAUGGGAGACGCGCUCUUCGUGUGUCACCACGUGGCGGCGCUGUACGCCUACGGCUACGUGCUGAACCGCGGGGUGUUACCGUAUUUCGCCAAUUUCCGCCUCCUCUCCGAGCUUUCGACCCCCUUCGUAAACCUGCGGUGGUUCCUGGAGGCGGCAGGGUGGCCGCGGGGUUCGGGGCCGGUGCGGGCCAACGGGGUGGCCAUGGCCGUGGCCUUCUUCUCUGUGCGCAUCGCAGUCAUCCCCACCUACUACGCCCGCGUGCUGGCCUGGCACGGCACGCCCGAGUACGCCCGCCUGGGCCCGGCCGUGCAGGCCGCCUGGAUCGGUCCCAGCCUGGCCCUGGAGGUCCUCAACCUGGUCUGGAUGUACCGCAUCCUGCGGGGCGUCUACCGCGCCUGCCACGCGCCCCGCAAGCAGCUCUGACCGGGGACCCUCGCGCCACCCUUCCCCCCCCCACCCCCCGCAAUGACCCGGACCAGCAUCCGCGGAGCCUGGGGGCGUCUAAACUGGAAUUGCCCCUGGGAGCACCUGAGUUGAGUUGGAAUUACCCCUAGUGGGGGGCAUCUGGCUAAAACUGUCCCCCCCCCCGGGAAAUCUGGAUUGGAAUUACCCCCCUGAGGGCAUCUGGGCUGGAAUUACCCCUCUAGGAGCAUGAACUGCUCCCCCCAGGAAACUCUGAAUUGGAAUUACUCCUCAGGGGUAUCGGGGCUGGAAGUGCUCCCCCCCUGGGCCUUCUAGGCUGGAUUUACCCUCCCAGGCAUCUGGGCUGGGAUUACCUCCCCAGGGGGCAACUAAAUUGGAAUUGACCCCCAGGGGCAUCUCGGCCCGUGUGGCCCUCCCUCGAUCCCUUCCAGCUGCGGGAGCCGUGCAGAAAAAGUAGCUCGGGGGAGCCUACCACCGCCCCCGUCGUGCCACUGCACCAGCCUCGUGCCCCUCUGCCAGGCUGCGUGCCUCAAUUUCCCCGCCUACAGGGUAGCAGCCCUGGCUUUCAUCAGUGCCUUCCCUGGGACCUCCUCUGCUCCGGGGCCGGGAGUAUCGAUCCUGGCGGGAGGGGCCCCGAUCCUGGCUGGGUCCUUGAAUUGGUCAGGUCUCUCCCUGCCUCAGUUUCCCCCCCCCCCGGGGGAUGUGCACCCCACGCCCCAGGCCUCGAUCCUGCGUGGACCAUGUCUCACUCCCCCCCCUCCCCCCACGAUGGUGCAGGGGGCGGGGCGGGGCCGACCCCGGGGGUCCCCGGCAUAUGCGGGCGAUGACGUCACCACUGAUCGCCAAGGGGGCUAUACAUGGCCAUGGUGCACGGCGUAGGGAGCCCCCCUACGUCACCGUCGCGUCAUCAGGGAGGAAGGGAGAGGCUGGGCUGUGAUCUCACUUUAGGGGUGUUCCCCCCUCAUGAAUAAAUCACCAGAUGCUAAUAA